AAUAAAACAUGGCCGACUGAAGAAAUGGAGAUUUUCCUUUCUUCCCAAUCUUCGCAAUUUUUGGGGUUCGGGUUAUCAGAUUUGCAGGACGAAAAUGACAGUCCAGGUUCAGUUAGCCCUCCUAGUUCAGUGAGAACAUCAGAUUUAUCAUUUGAUGAAGAAUCUGAAGUAGCUUCAGACCUUUCUGACAGAAACCCUGAUUCUGAUAUUGAGGAAGACGAUGAUGAAUUGCCGGACAGUGAUGGUGAGUUUGAAUCACAGCUGAGUGAAAUUCCGAGCAGCCAACUCACUAGUGUAUCUGAUGAUGACUUUUGGUCUGAACAGUUGGAGGAUAUUGAAAUACCAGAUUUCAAUGAAGUGACAGGUCCUGUGCACAUGUUGCCAUUGAACGCACAAGCUGUUGAUUUUUUUCAGUUGUUUUUUGAAGAACGAUUUUUUCAACACCUAUCAGAGCAAACAAACUUGUAUGCUGAACAGACUUCAGAAAAUGACCAGCAUUGGGAAGAGGUUACUACUGAUGAAAUCAAAGCAUUCAUUGGAAUCAACAUAUUGAUGGGGGUGAUGCAGUUGGCAUCAUACAGACUGUACUGGAGUUCAGAUCCAUUCUUAGGAAACACUGGUAUAAGAAGUGUGAUGACAGAAAACAGAUUCUCAAAACUAUAUCAGUAUAUUCAUGUCAAUAACAAUCAAACAGCAGUACCAAGGGACACUGAAGGUUUCGACAAACUACAUAAAGUUAGACCAAUCAUCAACAUGGUAGAUCAUACUUCCAAAUACCAUUACAAACCAAAACAGAAUCAAACAGUGGAUGAAGCAAUGGUGAAAUACAAGGGAAGAUUUUCAAUUAAACAGUACAUGCCAGGUAAUUUUAUUAUUUGUACACAAUUGAAUACAAUCCUAAUUCUUCUUUUACAUUGGAAGUCUAAGUAA